GCAGGUGUGGGACGUUCUCCGCGGGCACGAGCUACGGGGAGGAUUUCCGGACGCUUUCUGAUUGAUUUUGGGGCUUUUGACCCAAAGUUCGGCGGCGAAGUGCCUCCACCCUCCUCCUUCUCAUGGAUCUUCGUGGACAGAGCGUCCAGGCCGCCUCGACGGCUCCAGCAGGGCGCGACCCAGGACCCAGGACGGCGUCUGGAACCAGGCUAUGGCUCCGGGACCCCAGGACCCUUCAGUUAGUCUUCGUCGUCGCAGUUCUGCUGCCGGUCCAAGUUGACUGUCCCAGCCUCUGGCAGGAUCAAGUUCCCCAGCUGGCAGUGGCCGCACAGCAACAGAGGCACAGCCUCAAGGAGGAGUGUCCACCAGGAUCUCAUAGAUCAGAACAUACUGGAACCUGUAUCGGGUGCACAGAGGGUGUGGAUUAUACCAAUGUCUCCAACAAUUUGCCUGCCUGCCUCCUAUGUACAGUUUGUAAAUCAGGUACAGAAUGUCUAAGUCCCUGCACCACGACCAGAGACAGGUGUCGGUGCAAGCCAGGAACUUUCCGGAAUGACAAUUCCACUGAGAUGUGCUGGAAGUGCCACAUAAGGUGCCCCAGAGGGAUGGUCAAGGUCAGGGAUUAUACAUGCUGGAGCGACAUCAAGUGCGUUGAUGAAUCAGCUGCCAGUUCCACUGGAAAAACCCCAGCUGCGGAGGAGACAGUGACCACCAGCCUGGGGACUCCUGCCUCUGUGUCUUACAUCCUACAGAUUGUCACAGGGGUCAUAUUGUUUGUGGCUGUGGUUGUGUUUGUUUACAUGAUUUUAUUUUGGAAGAAACUCACUUCUUUCCCGAAACUCAUCUGCUCAGGUGGUGGAGGGAACCCCAAAUGUGUUCAGAGUAAGUUGGUUUCUCCAGGAACUGGGGGAUCAGGGGUUCAGGAACAGCUUCCCAUCUACUGCAGAGCCCGGGUGGGCACAAUCCCUUGUCCUCAUGUUGGCUCUGACUCUCUGACCUGGCCUGGGGGUUCUGGGCUGACUGUGGGGGACACAUGCCUGGGUGACACCCACACCCACAGCCUGCACCCUGGGGACGGGGUGACCACUUGCCUUGCCUCAGCAGUCUUUUUCUGGUGUUUAUGUCCCUCAUGAGGUCCUGGGGCUGAGGACAAUGCCCACAACGAGACCCUGAGUAAUAGAGACUCACAGCCCACCCACGUCCCUGAGCCGGAAAUCAAAGAUCAGGAGCUUACAGAGCCAAUGGGUGUGACUGUACAGUCACCAGAGGAGCCACAGCAUCUGCUGGGACAGUCAGAAGCCGAAGGGUGUCAGAGGAGGAGGCUGCAGGUUCUAGUGAAUGACGCUGACCCCACUGAGAUCAACACCUUGCUGGAUGCCUCGGUGACACUGGAAGAAGGACACAUGAGGGAAACAAUUCAGGACCAACUGGUGGGCGCCGAAAAGCUUCUCUAUGAAGAAGGUGAUGCAGGCCCUCUACGUCCUGCCUGUGAAACAAUCUCUUCAGGAAACCAGAGCUUCUCUGGUUUACCUUUUCUCUUACAAAGGGAGGAAGCCUGGAAGAGACAGUCCAGUGCUUGACCCACGCCUCAGCAAACUCUACUGUCCAGUAUGGUGCAGCUUACCUGAGGUCUUACCACUUUGUCAAUGCACUUGGAGUAAUUUUUAUAAAAUAUUGUGUGUGAUAAGCAAA